GAGGGGGGUGGUGGGGGGCUCUAGGUGCGCGUGUGUACCACCGCAAAACCCCCGAGGUGGAGUUUGUCAAAGAUCGAAACCCGUGAGGAAAGAUUCCUCCCGGCCCGGCUGCUAUUUCUGGUGCAGUUUGAAAAUCGAUGGAGGAUAUUUAUUUCCUGUUCAUGUCGAGGUAAUUAGUCUCGCUUCCCGAACGUGCCGAUGUGAUCUUGGCGCUCCGGUCCCGCACGCCGUCUCUUUCUUCUUCCGUGACAGGAUGAGCACCUCAACAUAAGGCCAAGAGGUGCAGGGGGACGAGGAGGAGGUGGGGAGGGGGAGCGCACAUGCUCCUCCUGACCGGACACACGGACUGACCGGCUCACGUCGUCUGUUGUGCGCUGCCAGCGGCGGAAACAAAACGAGGGAUCAGCUGUCUAUCUUUCUGUGGGAUGCUUGAAUAUUUUGCGGCCUGCUCGGGUCUCCGGUUACCGCAGUGCCACUGGCGAGAGGAGGGAGAGGUGGAAGAUGGCAGAAGACGGAGAGGAGGGAGCAGCGAAAAAGCCAACGAGCGUGUGACCGUGAUGUGUGAGAACAAACCCGCCUCGGCUGCGUGAUUGUGUUUUCGUCAGAGAGGGUGACAGAGCAAGGAGGCCUGUGAACUGAGACACUGUAUUGACCGAAGCAAUCCUGGUGUCAUGGCUGUAACGUCAAAAUGAGGUGAGUACGGCGUAGUGGCUGCUCAAUUCUCAACUUUCUGCUGACGGAGUUCUUGGACUGGCUCGCUGGACCGUAGUGCGCACCAUGGGGCACUGCGCAGAACCUAUGGCACCUGCCAGUGGAGAGCUGCUUGGUGCAUAAUUGUGACAGAGUGGAGCUCUGAAGCCAGCGUUUGUGUUCUCCUGCACCUCUGCCCACACAACACAAGUUUGUUUCAUGAACGCAGAGUGAGCUGUGAAGCCUCUCCAAGCCUCCUCCACACACACACACACACACACACACACACACACACACACACACACACACACAAGAGCCUAACAUGCCUUCGCCGUCGGACUCGAGCAGCGUGGCUUCGGCCUCGGGGUCCCGGGGGUGGUCGGACAGCCGCAGGGGCAUGUCGGGCCGGGGGCCUGGUGGGGCUCGGCUGCUCCUGUACCUGGGACUGUGCCACCUGGGCCUAGGGGCCAUGGUCCUGGCCUUCUCUUUCACCAGCAUGGCCUUCACGUCCUCAGCCCGCGUGAGGCAGUCCUGUCCAUUCUGGGCCGGCUUCUUUGUGGUGGCGUCAGGGAUAGUUGGGAUAAUCUCAUGGAGGAGACCUCUGACGCUGGUGGUGUCACUGUUCAUGCUGCUGUCCGCAGUGUGUGUGAUCCUCAGCCUGGCCGGCUCCAUGCUCUCCUGUCAGAACGCACAGAUGGUCAAGUCGAUGCUCACCUGCCAGGUGGAGAACGGACUGUGUGUGUGUUGCGCACCCACUCAACCCUGCUCCAUGACGGAGGAUGAGACCCUGGUCCUCUAUCAGAUCGCUGACUGUCACUCAGUCAGACAUCAGCUGAAGGACCUUUUGUUCAGCGCGUGUGGUCUCAGCAUUCUCUCCACCAUCAUCUGUACUCUGUCCACUGUGACCUGCAGUAUCCACAUAUUCUCUCUGGACCUUGUGCACCUGCUGGCUCCACAUCGCUCUCGUUCAGUCAACCCAGAAUGCACCACUCCUCAGGACGCCUUCCUGACCAACAUCAUGGACUUUGAGGAGUUUGUCCCGCCCAUUCCUCCACCCCCCUACUACCCUCCUGAGUACACCUGCAGCUCCGAAACAGACGCUCAGAGCAUCACGUACAAUGGCUCCAUGGAGAGUCCUGUUCCUCUGUACCCCACUGACUGCCCCCCUCCUUAUGAAGCUGUGAUGGGCCAGAGAGCUGCGAGCCAGGCAACAGUGUAUGACCAGCACGGCAAUGAGCUGUCUGGAGAGAGAGGAACCUCUACUGCCUUCAGUGGAGAAGUAUCCAUGGACAGUGGAUCUCUGUUGAUGUCAGAGAUCGUGGACAUCCCCGAUGACUCCUCUCCCUCUGAGGACUCCUGUCUGAUGGAGGUCGGUCUGAGGAACCAGGGGGAGAGGGGCAACAGGACCGCUGGUGAGGGAGGAGACGGCGUAGAGGGUGGGGAGCACUUUAGCUUUCGUGGUCCCGCGGGUCAGACACCAGAGAGUCCUCUGGCAGGAGGACCAAGAGCCAGGCGCUUCAUCAGAGGAGAGAGGUCCAACUCCUGCUCUUCACCGAGCACAGCGACCACUACAUACAGUUCUCUCCUGUUUUUGCACUCCAGGUCUCCAGUCCUGCGUCGCCAGGCCAUGCUAGCCAGUAGCUGCUCCCAGCUGGAAGCAAUAGAAGUUUCCACCUCUCAACAGCGAUCCUCCAUCCCAGAGUUUCGAAUUUGCCCCUCCACUCCCUCACGCCAUGGAGCUACCCCAGCCUCCUCUGCUCCUCCGACCUUAUCCUCCCCAGCUGCCAGGGAGCAGAGUGGCGGGCAGGGUAACGGUCCACCCUUCUUGGGCCAGCUGCCGUUGUACCUUCGACGGAGGGCUGGGAAGGUCGAGAAGGAUGGAGAAGGAGUGAGAAGGGAUAGCGCAGGGCUCCUACGCCUGGUGAGGUCGCACAGUGAGCCAGGCCUCGGCUCCUCGACUGAUACAGUUGACUUUGGCUCUGUUGGCAGCAAAGCAUCAACAGGCACAGGUCCGUCCUCUGAGGCGUGUCUGUUGCCUCGCACCUCUUUGCCUCCUGCUGCAGCUCUGCCGAGGAAAGGCAGCGUGAAAUCAGCAGCCACAGGGGUGCAGGUGCCCUCUAAACCCACGCCCACCUCACCACUGCGUUUACCUAAAGACUGCCACCGUUCCCUCGGAGACCUUAAGGUGACUCGAGGUUUGGUGGCUCGCUUCCUGCAGCGCUCCAAACGCAACCUAUCGCCCUCCACCGAGUAUGCUGGGAACACAGGGCAGGGGCCAAAGAGGAGGAGUGGAACUGACGGCGCUGCCACCAACCACCUGCCCUUGGAACAAGUGUUGCUGACACCUUGGAACACCAGCCGAGGCCACCCCAACCAUCAUACCCACCACCCCCACCGCCGUGGACACCACCACUCCCACAGUGACAGUCGACACAACCGCCACCACGGCGGUCGGGCACCAGAGGGGAUCCACCUGCGCAGCUGUGGAGAUCUAAGCUCCUCCUCCUCUGCGUCGCUACGUCGCCUGAUGACACCCAAUCCACCGCAUGGGUCAUCAGGAGCUCUGUACUCAGAGUCUGCACUGUGAGGAGGAGGAGGAGGAGGAGGAGGAGGAGGAGAUGGAGGAAAAAAGGUGGAGUUGAAAGGUAUGGGAGGAAGUAAGGCAGACCUGAAAUCUUUGAAGUCCUCUCUCCUUUUCCUCUUUGAAGCCACCUGUGCAAAUGGCCUUAUUCAGUGGUGCUCUUUAUAACUCUGAACAUCAGCCUAGAGCUCACUGCUUAAUUCCAGUGAACCCGUCACAAGAUGCUCAUUUCUGGACAACCCAGUUCUAACAGAGUAAACCCACAACUGGCCGAGACACCCAACAAGAAGCAUCCUUUCUGCUCUCUCCCUCUCUCAAUACUCAUCCCGAAAACUUCUGAUCCUCAAGACCGGAGACGGACCUCAACAAGCAUUCAUGCUACAACUCCCAUGUACAUUCAGUCAAUUACAUAACUAUGGGUUGCAAUAUGCUUCUGACCCUUUUGUACAGUGCAUUUCAUCCACAGGAUUGCUCAGGUGAAGUGAUCACGAAAACCCUUAUUUUGUCUUCCAUUGAUAAAAAAAAAACAAAAAAAAACAAUGCAUCUUAAUAACCAUAUAGUUUAGCUGAGUACAAUGUAAGAUAAACAGAUGAGGAUGCACAUGAGGAUAAAUACUCUCGAAUAGAAAAUCCUUGUUGCUAAAUUUGUCUUUUUUGAAUUUGCAAUUCAGAUUCUCACUUUCGCCACGCUUUCCCACCUCCACAUUGGCCUUAAAAAACAAGGCAGCCAGCGUUUUUAACAUUGACAUCACUGCACGCCACAGACACAUGCUCAGCCUUUAAAAUGCAUUAUCUGUGGGUGGCCCCUGGACACAGUGGUUUGAUUUGCGUAUGUGCAUGUUUUUGCUACUGCCUCCCGAAUACAGCAGGAACCUUGUGCAUUCGAUCCUGAAUGUCUGUGUAACUACGUAACAUGUCCUCAGAAUGUCUUGAUCUGCAUGUUUUGGCAAUGCUUCUUACUUUUCUUUCCCUCUUGCACCCAAGACCUAUGCUAGUAGCCUUUUGAAAUGUGUUUGUGUUCAUAGAUAGCUGAAGGUUAAGGUGAGAGUCAAAGAUGUUGCAGUGCUCCCAAAGUUUUCUGCCAGAUGGCUCCAAACAUGACUUUGCAUCCUAAUUUGAUGGCGGUAAGGUUUGAAAAUGUUUCAACCUGGUUAAAGCAGCUUGAUCCUGUGAGAUAAAGAGGUGUAAAUUGCACUGUGACUCUGACAACAUGAGUCUCUUGCAAUAAACGUACGGACACAUUUUUCACGAGGUUGGACAUCA